AUGCGUGGUAUUAAGUGCUACCAGAGAAAGAAAACUAACCCCGUCCUCCACUCAUCUUCAUCCUCAAGUCCUCCACUCAUCUUUAUCCUCAUAUCCUCCACUCAUCUUUAUCCUCAAGUCCUCCACUCAUCUUCAUCCUCAAGUCCUCCACACAUCUUUAUCCUCAUAUCCUCCACUCAUCUUUAUCCUCAUAUCCUCCACUCAUCUUUAUCCUCAAGUCCUCCACUCAUCUUUAUCCUCAAGUCCUCCACUUAUCUUUAUCCUCAAGUCCUCCACUCAUCUUUAUCCUCAAGUCCUCCCUCAUCUUUAUCCUCAAGUCCUCCACUCAUCUUUAUCCUCAAGUCCUCCACUCAUCUUUAUCCUCAAGUGCUCCACUCAUUUUUAUCCUCAAAUCCUCUAUUGAUCUUUAUCCUCAUAUCCUUUACUCAUCUUUAUCCUCAUAUCCUCCACUCAUCUUUAUUCUCAAAUCCUUCACUCAUCUUUAUUCUCAAGUCCUCCACUCAUCUUUAUCCUCAUAUCCUCCACUCAUCUUUAUCCUCAUCCUUCACUCAUCUUUAUUCUCAUAUCCUCCACUCAUCUUUAUCCUCAUCUUCCACUCAUCUUUAUCCUCAUAUCCUCCACUCAUCUUUAUCCUCAUCCUUCACUCAUCUUUAUUCUCAUAUCCUCCGCUCAUCUUUAUCCUCAUCCUUCACUCAUCUUUAUUCUCAUAUCCUCCACUCAUUUUUAUCCUCAUCCUUCACUCAUCUUUAUCCUCAUAUCCUCCACUCAUCUUUAUCCUCAUAUCCUCCACUCAUCUAUAUUCUUAAAUCCUCCACUCAUCUUUAUCCUCAUAUCAUCUACUCAUCUUUAUUCUCAUCCUCCACUCAUCUUUAUCAUCAUCCUCCACUCAUCUUUAUCCUCAUCCUCCACUCAUCUUUAUCCUCAUAUCCUCUACUCAUCUGUAUCCUCAUAUCAUCCACUCAUCUUUAUCCUCAAGUCCUCCACUCAUCUUCAUCCUCAAGUCCUCCACUCAUCUGUAUCCUCAUAUCAUCCACUCAUCUUUAUCCUCAAGUCCUCCACUCAUCUUCAUUCUCAAGUCCUCCACUCAUCUUUAUCCUCAUAUCCUCCACUCAUCUUUAUCCUCACGUCCUCCACUCAUCUUCAUCCUCAAGUCCUCCACAUAUCUUUAUACUCAUAUCCUCCACUCAUCUUUAUCCUCAUAUCCUCAACUCAUCUUUAUCCUCAAGUCCUCCACUCAUCUUUAUCCUCAAGUCCUUCACUCAUCUUUAUCCUCAAGUCCUCCACUCAUCUUAA